GGCUUUGAGGUCUGUGACGUCAGAAUUCCGAAUUGUCCGAGUGUUUACGCCAGUACAGACACGUGUGAUAUAAUUACAAUUAUGCCACAAAAGAUAAAAUCUUUUGAUGUAUUAAGAACAACGAAUGAAGAAAACGAAAACGGGUUAAAAACAGAAGACAGCGGAGAAGAGGACAAUGAUCAAAGGAAUGAAAUUGACGACCCUCCGCGACCUUCACCGAAGCCUGGUCCGGGGGAACACCCCCUACAGUUUAACUACUCUCUGUGGUUCUCCAGGAAAUCCCCCGGGAAACACUCCACAGCAACCAGCUACGAUCAAAAUCUUAAACUGGUUGGAACAUUUGCAUCAGUAGAACAAUUCUGGAAAUAUUAUGCUCACAUAGUACGACCGAGUGAUUUAACUGGACACAGUGAUUAUCAUCUGUUUAAGGAGGGAAUUCGACCCAUGUGGGAGGAUUCAGCCAACAACAAGGGAGGUAAAUGGAUAGUGCGGCUGAAGAAGGGCCUGGCCUCGCGGUGCUGGGAGAACUUGAUUCUGGCCAUGCUGGGGGAACAGUUCAUGGUGGGGGAGGAGAUCUGUGGGGCGGUCAUCUCCAUCCGCUACCAGGAGGACAUUUUGUCUCUGUGGAACAGAACAGCUAGUGAUCAACAGACCACAUCAAGAAUCAGGGACACAUUGAAGAGGGUCCUUAAUCUCCCACCCAACACCAUCAUGGAAUACAAGACACACAAUGACAGUAUCAAGGAUAAUUCAAGCUUCAGAAACACAGACAUUUUCAUGAGGUGACAUAACAUUGGAGACUUCACAAAGAACAAUGUUAAGGACAAGGACAGUUUCCGGAUCAGUGUCGUGGUGCAGCAGUUGUGUGCAAUGUUCAUCAAUUACAAGGACAUUUUCUGUUACAUUUGAGGAAGAAUCCAUAUCAACUUAUCAAGAGUAGAAGCUCAGAACACUAGUUUUAAUGUUGCUGAACAGUCGAGUUCUGUGUCAGUAAUGAGAAAAAAUAUUUUAUUUUCAAAUGAAAUGUUUUACAUUCUAAAAUUGUUCUCAUAGCACGGUAAAAGAUGAACAAUGUCUGAUGUUUGAAAUAGCCAGAACUUUUUAUUAUAAUGAUAUGUUUUAAUUCGUAAUAUUUGUUUAAAGCAUGCAUAAGUAUGCAUUAGACUUAUUAACAAGUGAAAAAAAAUGAUGUGUUUGGAAUAAUUGUUAUAUGUAAAUUUUUCUAUGUAUGUUCAAUUUAUUAAAAAAGUAAAACAAAA